AUGGACGGGAGACAACCGGAAUAUUCGCAGACAGGUUUGAACUCGCCCUAUCCAUCUUUUCCUGAACCGCCUUCUGAGGACUCCCACGCAGAUCAAGCAUCUGCUGCGCAAUAUCCUCCCCAAGGACAAGACCCGCGAGCCUCAAAUUUCUCCUCCACGGCCACUCCCUCUUCCGAAUACGCCAUCAACCCCUCAUCAGCCCGAUCGGGGUCGUUUCCGGAGUACAUUCAACGUUCGUACCAGCCAGGCGCUCAAGGUGCACCAGCUGGCGGUAUGGCGCAACCACAAAGUCCGUCAAUGCCUCUACAAGAUGGCCAGAACAAUGACCAUCAAGCCCAACAACUCAAGUCUGACUCGGAUGUUCCUAUAGAUCCAUCAAUCGCGGCCGCGACGAGCCCUACGUAUCCUCAGCAUCAACAGUACUCGCCGUACACCCCGCACCACGACAUGCAGCACUACCCGGGGCAUCCUGCCACCCCCAUGUAUGCCCAACGACCUGAAUGGGCUGGGCAACAUCCUCAGCAGCACCAGAUGCCCUACGGCUAUCCCUCCUCUUCAGGGCCACCUGCUCCUGCUAUGGUGUCUCCAGUGCAACGCCCCCCAAAUGGAGGUCACCCAUUGUCCACCGUAUACUCAUUCGUCCCAAUCCCAGGUGCGCAGCAGCACAAGCGGCCUCGUCGCAGGUAUGAGGAGAUCGAGCGCAUGUACAAAUGCGGCUGGAACGGCUGUGAGAAGGCCUACGGCACUCUUAACCACCUAAACGCACACGUUACGAUGCAAUCGCACGGCGCAAAGCGAACUCCCGAAGAAUUCAAGGAAAUUCGAAAGGAGUGGAAGGCCAAGAAGAAGGAAGAAGAGGCACAGCGAAAGGCUGACGAGGAGCGAGCCCGAGCUGCCGACCAGAACCGCGGCCACGAGAACGGCGUUGAGGCACCUGGGUAUGCUCAGAUGCGUCAGCAAGUUGGUGUUCCCGGUCAAGCACCCGGACAUCCCCAGCUUCCUCCCAUCGGCUACCAGCCUGCUGCCUCUGGCAACUCAUCCGGACCGCAGUAUGGGACACAGAGCCCGGGACUAGCGGAGGGCAUGGCUCAGUAUUCCUCCCCCACUGCCAAUGCCUACAACAGCCCAAAUAGUAACAACAGCAGUUACCCGCAGUCACCCUACGGCUCGAACCCCCAAAUGUACCAGCAAGGUCACUAA